UCCAGCUCCCACUCCCACUCCCUCGGUGUCUCCUCAGGUCUCCCCCACAGCCAGGGAAGGGCCUUUUCCUGCUGGUGUCGUACUUUUUUGUUCCGUCUUUAAUUGUGAAUAUGUUGGGGGGCCGUCUGGCCACAGCGCUGGCGGUGGCCUUACUUGCGGGCGCUGUGAGCUGCAUGCCUAAAGCCUCUGGAAAAAGGAGGAGGCAGGCGCCGGAGCACCAUGUGUCCUCAGUGUCUCAAGAUGGUUGUAUAGAAUAUGGACAGUUUUAUGAAGUUGGUCAGCAGUGGGAGCGCACGUAUCUGGGCAGCAUACUGCUCUGCACUUGUCAUGGAGUUGCCGGCAUUAAGUGUAAAACAAAACCAGAGGCUGAGGAGACCUGCUAUGAUAAAGUGAAAGCUCGCUCAUACCGGGUGGGCGAGACCUAUGAAAGGCCAAAGGAUGGGAUGAUCUGGGACUGCACAUGCAUUGGCUCCGGCAGAGGAAAAAUUAGCUGUACCAUUGCAAACCGCUGUCAUGAAGGAGGAAACUCUUAUAAGAUUGGAGAUACCUGGAAGAGACCCCAUGACACUGGAGACUACAUGCUGGAGUGUGUAUGUUUAGGCAAUGGAAAAGGGGAAUGGACCUGCAAACCUGUUGCGGAACGUUGUUAUGACAACGCAGCUGGGACCUCUUAUGUGGUGGGUGAGACCUGGGAGAAACCCUACCAGGGCUGGAUGAUUGUGGACUGCACCUGUCUAGGAGAAGGAAGUGGACGCAUCACUUGCACAUCUAGAAACCGCUGUAAUGACCAGGACACACGCAUGUCUUACCGCAUUGGGGAUACAUGGACUAAGACAGAUGCCCGUGGACACAUCUUGCAAUGUUUGUGCACUGGUAAUGGCAGAGGGGAGUGGAAAUGUGAGAGACAUGCCUCCCUACACACUACUGGCUUAGGCACUGGUUCUCGAGUAGUCACCAAUGUGCAGCCGGCUGUGUUCCAGCCCAUGCCCCAUCCAGUGACCCCUGUUGAGGCCACCUGUCUGACAGAUGCAGGUGUGGCUUACUCUUUGGGAAUGCGCUGGAUCAAGACCCAAGGCAACAAGCAGAUGCUGUGUACCUGCCUCGGCAUUGGCGUCAGUUGUGAAGAGUGGGAGGGCCACUCUCAGGUUUAUGGUGGUAACACAAACGGCCAGCCUUGUGUGUUCCCAUUUGUGUCCAUGGGCAAGACCUUUUACUCAUGCACCUCAGAGGGACGCAGUGAUGGGCAGCUCUGGUGCAGCACUACCUCAGAUUUUGAGAAAGACCACAAGUACUCCUUCUGCACAGAAAAGAAUGUUUUGGUCACAACCAGAGGAGGAAACUCUAAUGGUGCCCUGUGCCACUUCCCUUUCCUGUAUAAUGGCCGUAACUACACGGAUUGUACUGCUGAUGGACGCAGGGAUGGCAUGAAAUGGUGCGGUACUACCUAUAACUUUGAUGGAGAACAGAGGUUUGGCUUCUGCCCCAUGGCUGCUCAUGAGGAAGUAUGUACCACCAGUGAGGGAGUGAUGUAUCGUGUGGGAGAUCAGUGGGACAAACGCCAUGAUGUUCUGGGUCACAUGAUGCGCUGCACAUGUGUAGGAAAUGGUCGUGGGGAGUGGAGCUGCAUUGCCUACUCACAGCUCAAAGACCAGUGUAUUGUGGACGGUCUAACUUAUGAGGUGAACCAAACCUUCACUAAGCGCCAUGACGAGGGCUACAUGAUGAACUGUACCUGCUUUGGCCAGGGCCGUGGUCGCUGGAAGUGUGAUGCUAUUGACCAAUGCCAGGAGCCAGAGACCAGAGUGUUCUAUCAGAUCGGAGAGUCCUGGGACAAGGUCAUACAUGGAAUCCACUACAGGUGUUAUUGCUAUGGCAAUGGUAUUGGAGAGCUGAGCUGUGAGCCCCAGCAGUCCUUCUCUGGUGGCCACCGUCCGGUCCAGGUGAUUAUUACAGAGGCUGGCAACCAGCCCAACUCCCACCCUAUUCAGUGGAAUGCCCCACCCUCUGCUCACAUCACCCAAUACAUCCUCAAGUGGAGACAAAAAAAUACUCAAACUCCAUGGAGGGAGGUCACUCUUCCAGGACAUCUGAACUCUUACACCAUUGCUGGACUGAAGCCAGGCAUUACUUAUGAGGGUCAGCUAAUCAGUAUCCUACGCUUUGGACGCAGAGAGGUCACUCGCUUUGACUUCAGUACCACCUACGGCUCCUUGCCCACGUCUGAGGGAGUAACAACUCCUCCACCUGCAGUGGUGGAUACCUCAGAGUCUGUGACUGAAAUCACAUCCAGCAGCUUCGUUAUAUCCUGGGUGUCUGCCUCUGACACAGUGUCUGGUUUCAGAGUGGAAUAUGAGCUCAGUGAGGAGGGAGGCCAGCAAAAACAACCUGUCAUCUUGGACCUGCCACGUACAGCCACAUCUGUAAAUAUCAACGAACUGCUGCCAGGCAGGAAGUACACUGUAAAUGUGUAUGAAGUCACUGAUGAAGGAGAGCCCGUCCUGAUCCUGACUACUUCCCAGACAACAGCUCCAGAUGCUCCUACAAAUCAUGAGGUAGAGGAUGUGGGUGAGACCUCCAUCAAAGUCAGCUGGUCUAAACCUCUGGCUCCAAUCACAGGCUAUCGAGUGGUUUACACUCCAUCCGUUGAAGGGAGCUCCGGCAGCACUGAGCUGACUCUACCUGACACAGCAACUUCUGUGACCUUAAGUGACCUUCAACCCGGCCAGCUGUACAAUAUCAGCAUAUAUGCUGUGGAGGAGACCCAGGAGAGCGAGCCAGUGUUUGUGCAGGUCAACACUGCUGGAGAGCCACUGCCAGAGGAAAUCCCAUCUCCAACCGACUUGCAGUUCUUUGAGGUUUCUGACUCUAAGAUCACAAUCACCUGGACUGGUCCUCCAACGGAGGUGUCAGGGUUUCGUGUGGCCGUGGCACAGGUGGGCGCUGAUGGACUGACUGAGCGUGAAAUACAGCUCCCUAUAAUGCGCAACGCCUAUGCUGAGGUCUCCCCACUGCAACCAGGAACACACUACCGCUUCUUUAUUUUUGCCCUUAAGGCAGGAGAGGAGAGCGAGCCGUUGGUUGGAGAGCAGGCCACCAAACCCGAUGCCCCCACUAACAUCCACUUAUCCAAUGUGACUGAGGACAGUGCUCUGAUCAUCUGGUCAGCUCCCAAAGCUCAGGUCACCGGUUACAGGCUCUUCCUGACUGUGGAGGGCUCGAGCCCCAAGCAGCUUCGGAUCCCUGCCCGCCUGACCCAGUACACCCUGCUGAACCUGCAGCCAGACACGGCAUAUACAGCUACGCUACACUCAGAAAAGGGCAAUGUAAUUAGUGAAGGAUCCGUAGCAGCUUUCAAAACCUCCCUACCCAUGGGAAAUGCUCCUCGUUUCAGCACUGACAUCACUGACACUUCCAUCAUCAUCUCCUGGAAUCCUAUGCCAAGAAUAGGAUAUAAGUUGACAGUAAGGCCCAGUCAAGGUGGAGAGGCUCCCAGGGAGGUGACAUCUGACUCGGGAAGCAUCUAUAUCUCAGGCCUGACUCCUGGAGUGGAGUACACCUACAGUGUACAGCCUGUCAUCAAUGGCCAUGGGCAUGGCAUUCCCAUCACACGACGUGUUGUCACACCUCUGUCUCCACCCACUGACCUCAACUUGGAGACCAACCCAAACACUGGAGAUCUGACUGUACACUGGAAUGAAGCCAAAACCCCAGAUAUCACAGGCUACAGAGUGAUGUGCACUCCCACCAAUGGGCAGCAGGGCAACUCUGUGGAAGAGUUUGUAAAGGCAGGCCAGACCUCAUGCACUCUAGAGAACCUAAGCCCUGGAGUGGAGUACAAUGUCAGUGUGUUUACAGUAAAGGAUGGUAGGGAGAGUGUGCCAGUCUCCACCACAAUCACUCCAGAUGUGCCUCAGCUAACAGACCUCCACUUUAUCAAUGUCACUGACUCUACGAUUGGCCUUGCCUGGAGUCCUCUUAACUCCACUGCCGUAACGGGCUACCGCAUCACGGUGGUGGCAGCGGGUGAGAGUGUGCCCAUCUUUGAGGAUUUUGUGGAGCCCACCACAGGCUUCUACACUGUGUUUGGUCUUGAGCCUGGCAUCGACUACGACAUCAGUAUCAUCACUGUCACAGAGAAUAGACAGAGUGAACCCACCACUAUCACACAACAAACAGUUGUGCCUGCCCCAACUGACCUAAAGUUCAAUAACAUCAGCACUGACAGUAUGAUUGUGAGCUGGACUGCCCCUAAUGUCCCUAGGCCUGAUGAGAUCGACAGCUAUGUCAUCCGCUACCACCCAGUCGAUGAUGAGGAUGACACUACUGAACUCAAUGUGGACGGAAAUGCCAACAGUGUUGUUCUUCGCCACCUUCUGCCCAACACUGAGUACCUAGUGAGUGUGUUCUGUGUCUAUGAAGAAAGGGAGAGCUCACCUGCGAUCAGCACUCAGAGAACAGGGCUGGAUUCCCCAGUUGGUCUGCGUUUCUCUGAGAUCAGCACAAACUCUUUCACUGUGCACUGGCAGCCUCCCCAGGCCAUUAUUUCUGGAUACCGUAUUCGCUAUCAAAUGAUGAGUGGGGGCCGCUCUAAGGAGGAGAGACUGCCCCCUUCCAGAAGCCACCUCACGCUAACCGGUCUUGCCCCUGAGACCGAGUACAUCAUCAACGUCUAUGCUGUUAGUGGCUCUCGUGAGAGCCAUCCGCUCACUGGAACCCAGUCUACUAUUUCUGAUGCCCCUACUGAUUUGGAGGUCACUUAUUCAACACCAACUAGUAUCACCAUUCGCUGGGAUGCCCCCUCUGUUACUGUGAGGUACUACAGGAUCACACAUGGAGAGUCAGGUGGUCAUGGUUCUCCUACAGAGUUCACAGUUCCAGGCUCCCAGACUACUGCCACCAUUCAGGGCCUGCGUCCAGGCACUGACUACACCAUUACUGUGUAUGCUGUAACAGGCAGAGGAGACAGCCCUGCCUCCAGCACACCCAUCCAUGUCACUCAUAAAACAGAUAUUGAGUCUCCAUCUGAAAUGGAGGUAACUGAUGUCAAGGACAGCACCAUCACUGUCCGCUGGACACCAGCAGUGGGCCCCGUGACAGGAUAUCGUAUCACUGGAACCCCCCGUAAUGGCCAGGGACCCACCUUCUCUGAGGUGGUCGCUCCAGAUCAGACAGAAAUGACAUUCUCUGGGCUGAUGCCUACUGCAGAAUACACACUGAGUGUGUAUGCACUGGGACAGGAUGGAGAGAGCCCACCACUGGUAGAGACUGUAGUUACGACUGUAGACAAACCUAAAGACCUGGCCUUCUCUGAUGUGGAUUCCACUUCCAUGCGUAUCUCUUGGGAGAGUCCAGAUGGCCAGGUUACCUCGUACAGAGUUUUGUACUCAAGCCCAGAGGAGGGUGAGAGGGAGCUGUUCCCUGCCCCUCAUGGUGAGGAUGAGUCUGCUCUGCUGAAUAGUCUCCGACCUGGUACAGAGUACACUGUUAAAGUCAUUGCUCUCCAUGACCGCACUCCCAGCCCCCCACUGGUGGGCACACAGACUACAGCUAUUCCUGGCCCCACUGAUCUCCAGUUUUCUCAGGUUGGUUCCAGUUUCUUCACUGUGUCCUGGUAUUCAGCAGCUAAUGUCCAGCUGACUGGCUAUCGUGUGGCAAUUACUCCUAAGAACAAGAAUGGUCCUACCAAAGAGGUCCACAUUGCACCUGACUCUACCCAAUACCAUGCCACUGGACUUAUGCCUGCCACCGAAUAUGAAGUAGAGGUUUAUGCUGUGAAGAAUUCUCUUACCAGCCGCCCAGUCAAGGGAGAGGUCACCACUCCUGAUAAUAUCAGUCCUCCUCGUCGUGUUCGGAUCUCCAAUGUUAAGGAUUCUUCUAUCACGCUAACCUGGCGCUCAAAGACUGAGGCCAUCUCUGGCUUCUUGGUAGAGGCCACACCUACCAUUGAAGGUCACAGUCCCAUCCAGAGGACCAUUCCAUCAGACUCACGGACCUACACGAUCACUGGUCUGCAACCAGGGACCACCUACAAAAUCAAUAUUUACACCCUCAGUGGAAGUGACCGCAGUGAGCCAUUCACCCUCACCGCCACUACAGCUAAACCAGUGAUCAGCCCUCCGACGAACAUUCGUUUCACUUCCCUGACCCCCACCACCAUCUCCUUCUCCUGGGAACCCCCCCACAGCACCAUCACAGGAUACUACAUCACCUAUGAGGAGGCUGGUAGCAUCCCACGAGAGCUUCUCCCAAGACCCCUAGCUGGCCGAACCUCCGCCACUGUCUCUGGUUUGAGACCAGGCACUGAGUAUAUCAUCAAAAUUGUUGCCCUAAACAAUGCUCAAAGAAGCACUCCACUCCUGGGCAAGGCCAGAACACAAUUGGAAGAUGUAUCUCCCCAGCUCCCAGUUCCCCACCAGCCUAAAAAGGAAAUUCUGGACGUCCCUGAAGAUGACAACCCUAGCAUCAAUCAUGUACACCUGGCUGGCCCCAACAGACACAACACACUCGGGAAACAGGGCCAGCAUAUCUACACAGAGUAUCAGAGCUUUGGCCUGGCUAACCGUGGCCAGCAGCAACCCUUGGCUCCACACCAUGGAGAGCCUUUGGUCUACAUCCCUCUUCCUGGGCCAGACGGCCACAGAGUGCCUGUGGUAAAGGUGAACGAAGGCCCUGUGACUGGCUUCCCCUUUGAGUUCCCUCUAAAUGAGACAGACUUGCCCCAGGAAGCCCAGACCCAGACCACCAUCACAUGGCAACCAGUGCCAAACAGCUCAGAGUAUGUGGUUUCCUGCAGUCCUAUCACAGAGAUCAGCGAGAAGACCUUCCAGAUGCAUCUUCCUGGCACCUCCUCUAGUGCCACAUUGAUUGGUCUCACCUCUGGAGCCUCCUAUAACAUAGUUGUAGAAUCUGUCAAUGAAGGUCAAAAACAAAAAGUUCUGGAAGAAGUGGUGACUGUUGGCAACACUGUUCCUGGACCUUCAGCUAACCCCAUAGGCAGGGAUGUGUGCUAUGACACAUUCACUGCCACCUACCACGAGGUGGGCGCAGAAUGGGAGCGCAUGUCCGAGACAGGAUUUAAGCUGUGGUGCAGGUGUCUUGGCCUAGGCAGUGGUCAUUUCAGAUGUGAUUCAUCCAAAUGGUGUCAUGACAACGGCCAUAACUACCCUAUCGGGGAGAAGUGGGACCGCCAUGCUGAGAAUGGACACAUGAUGAGCUGCACCUGCCUGGGCAAUGGAAAGGGAGAGUUCAAAUGCGAGCCACAUGAGUCAACAUGUUAUGAUGAAGGAAAGAUGUACGAGAUCGGUAACCAGUGGCAGAAGGAGUACCUUGGAGCCAUCUGCACAUGCACCUGCUAUGGUGGACAGCAGGGAUGGCGCUGUGAGAACUGCCGUCGUCCUGGAGCUGAGGUAGACGUGGACCUCAUCCAGUCUCCAGUGCACCCAGACGUUUACGACCGCUAUAGAGAGAAUGCCCUGCGCAAAUUGAACAUCCAGUGUCCCAUUGAGUGCCUCAGACCAGACCUGCUAGCAGAUGCCCAAAGCCCUUCAGAAUAGUGUCUGUUAUGCACAGUGCUGAAGAGCAGCAUACCUUAGAGACUAUACUUACUGUAUACCCCUCAGUGCCUUUCAUUCCUUCUCUGUCUACACUCUGAACCCAGUCCUGCUGCCUCUGCACCACUCCCUGUCUGCCUGCCUACCGCACACUGCAAGAUCCCUCAUGCACCAGGACAGGCUGCUCUCUGUCCUUUUUCUUUGACCUACACAACAGAAAUGCAAGUCACCGUCACUUAGUGAAAGCCCGCUGACUUGAGCCUUCAGUCUGGACAGAACAGUUUUAGUACUGGAGUUUUACAGAACUCUUAAAGAUUGUGUCCUGUGUUUUUUUUUCUUUGUUUUGUUUUGUUUUUUUGUUUGUUUUUUGUUUUUGUUUUUGUUUUUUGGGGGGGGGGUUGUUGCUUUAAUUUGCUCUCAUCAGAGGAACCAGCUGAAACCAAAGACUACAUGUCUUCAUAAUUUUUUUACCUUUGUCGUCUGUAAGACACCUUUUAAAUGAGAUUGUGACUCAACUUUAUGGCCUGGAUCCAUUUUCUAAGUAACCUUUAAAAAAAUAGUGAGACCCUUCCAAAAAAAUGCAAGCACUGUCUUACAAUGGAGGUCUCUGUGCCUUGUAGGCAUCUUUUUUAUUGUGUAAUGUUGAUCCCAUUUUUGAAUUGGUUGUUUGGUUGGUUUGCAUCUGUGGCCUCUGCUUCCAUAAAGAAACAAAGGAAAGCACUGUAUUAAUGACAUUCACAUUUAAUGUUUUUCUUUUUCCUUUUUUUUUACAUUUUUUUUUUUUAUUAUUUAUCCCUCUUAUGCAUUUUUAUAGAAUGAGAUUUUGGAUGUAUACUUUUUUUUGUUUUUUUUUGUUUUUUGUUUUAGGUGCCAAAGACUUAACUACUGUGGACAAAAUAUCUUUUUAAUAAACUUUUUUAAAAAAUAAA